UUUAAUGCUGGUAACAUUGACAUUUUGUGAAUGUUCCUUCGUCGUGUGCCGGUUUCUUGAGUUUUUCGGUUACCAUUUUACUCUUUUAGCCUGAGUUUGUAAAAAGAAAGGGGAGCAAGAUGCAUACGGAGACGACGUUAACUCUUAUACAAAUAUUAGAGAAGACUAUUUCACCAGAUCGAAAUGAACUGGAAGCAGCUGAAAAAUACUUGGACCAGGCAGCGGCCACCAAUUUCACAACAUUCAUUAAGUUACUAUCAGAUGUACUCGUCCAGGGUGGCAACAGCCAAGUGGCCAGGAUGGCCGCUGGUCUUCAGCUUAAAAACCACCUUACCUCUAAGGACCCUAAUAUGAAACAGCAGUACCAACAACGGUGGCUUGCACUUCCUGAGGACAUUCGACUAUACAUCAAAAAUAAUAUUUUGAAUGCUAUAGGAACAGAAAAUAGCAGACCCAGUUCGGCUGCUCAGUGUGUAGCGUACGUAGCUGUUGCAGAGCUGUCAGUGGGGCAGUGGGGUGACCUCAUCCCCAUGCUGGUGGAAAAUGUAGUCAAUGCACAGUCAACAGAACUCAAAAAGGAAGCUACACUAGAAGCUAUUGGUUACAUUUGCCAAGAAAUUGAUGCUGAAGUCUUAACUGAGCAAUCCAAUCCAAUCCUCACUGCUAUAAUUCAUGGGAUGAGAUCAUCUGAACCAAGUUGCCACGUUCGCUUGGCUGCCACCCAGGCACUCCUCAACUCCCUGGAAUUCACAAAAGCUAACUUUGAUAAAGAAAAUGAGAGGAAUUUUAUUAUGGAGGUUGUUUGUGAGGCAACUCAAUCUUCUGACAUGAGAAUAAGUGUUGCAGCUCUUCAGUGCUUAGUUAAAAUCCUGUCUCUCUACUAUCAAUACAUGGAACCAUACAUGGGACAAGCCCUUUUCCCUAUAACCUUAGAAGCUAUGAAAUCAGACAUUGAUGAAAUUUCACUACAAGGUAUUGAAUUUUGGUCUAAUGUCAGUGAUGAAGAAAUAGACCUUUCCAUUGAGGAAGCAGAAGCAGCUGAAGCCGGACGACCACCAGUCCGCACUUCCAGGUUCUAUGCCAGAGGAGCCUUGCAAUACCUAGCACCUGUUCUCAUGCAAAAGCUUACCAAACAAGAUGACUCUGAUGAUGAAUUAGAGUGGAAUCCAUCCAAAGCUGCAUCAGUGUGCUUGAUGCUACUGUCAAACUGCUGUGAGGAUGAGAUCGUACCACAUGUCCUACCUUUCAUAAACUCAAAUAUUAAAAAUGAGAACUGGCGAUACAGAGAAGCUGCUCUAAUGGCUUUCGGAUCUAUUCUGGGUGGUUUGGAAGCAACAAGUCUUAAACCACUGGUAGAAAAUGCAAUGCCAACUUUGAUAGAUGCAAUGUACGACUCGAGUGUGGCUGUUCGAGAUACAGCUGCAUGGACCUUUGGAAGAAUUUGUGAAAUAGUUCCUGAAGCAGCGAUCAAUGAGUUAUAUUUAAAACCGCUGUUAGAAAGCCUUGUAAAUGGUCUGAAAGCUGAACCUCGUGUUGCUGCUAAUGUAUGCUGGGCAUUCACUGGAUUAGCUGAAGCAGCAUACGAAGCGGCAGACCAGACAGAUUCGAAUCAACCUAAGACAUAUUGCAUGUCCACCUACUUCGACUUUAUUGUACAAAGGCUUCUAGAAACAACUGAUCGUCAAGAUGCAGCACAACAUAACUUGAGGUCAGCUGCUUAUGAGGCACUUAUGGAAAUGGUGAAAAAUUCUCCAACUGAUUGCUAUGUGACUGUUCAAAAGACCACCAUGGUGAUAUUAGAGCGAUUGCAACAAGUUUUGCAAAUGGAAACUCAUCUCUCAAGCCAAGCAGAUCGUUCUCAGUUCAAUGAUCUUCAGAGUCUUCUUUGCGCAACUUUACAGUCUGUGCUUCGUAAAGUGACGCCUGAAGACGCACCUCAGAUAUCUGAUGCUAUAAUGACUGCUCUCUUGACCAUGUUUGCUGGUAAUGCUGGCAAGGCCGGUGGUGUUCAAGAAGACGCACUUAUGGCAGUGUCUACUCUGGUUGAAGUACUUGGAGAAGGGUUCCUCAAAUAUAUGGAUGCAUUUAAGAGAUAUCUGUAUGUUGGUCUCAAGAACCACCAAGAGUAUCAAGUUUGCAUUGCAGCUGUCGGAGUUACCGGUGAUAUUUGUCGCGCACUGAAAAGUAAGGUGCUGCCCUAUUGCGACGAAAUUAUUUACUUGUUGCUUGAAAACCUUGGCGACCCUUCAAUCCAUCGCUCUGUUAAGCCACAAAUAUUAUCUGUAUUUGGCGAUAUAGCCCUCAGCAUUGGUCCUGAUUUUGCCAAGUACUUUGAUGUCGUCAUGCAGAUGUUGCUGCAGGCCAGCAACGCACAAGUCGAUCGCAAUGACUACGACAUGGUAGAAUAUCUAGGUGAACUAAGGGAAAGUGUGCUGGAGGCAUAUACUGGAAUUAUUCAAGGAUUGAAGGGUGUUGAUGGAGAGGUCCGGUCCGACGUGGCUCUGGUGGAGCCGCACGUGCCCGCGAUCGUGAACUUCAUGAUCCAGGUGGCGUCCGACCCGGAGCGCACGGACGGGCACAUGUCGGUCAUCGCGGGACUCACGGGCGACCUGUGCACGGUGUUCGGCGUGCGGAUGUUGCCGCUGCUUGAGACGCGGCCGCUUCUCGACCUGCUGCAAGCCGCCCGCCGCUCGCGCACCGCGCGCACCAAGACGCUCGCCAACUGGGCCACCAAGGAGAUCCGCAAGCUCAAGCAGCAGGCGCCUCUCACUAGCUGAUUUGAACCAUGGUACAGCACUGAUGUGACUCUAUUCCAAACUACAUAUUGCUGGUAAAUUAAAAUAUAUUGGCAGGUCAUAUCAUGUCGUUAUUCAUAUAAGUCGUUAGGUGCAUUACAUUUUGGUCUUUAUUGGGCUUUUAAUAAUUUUCAGCAAAACAAUGUUAGGUCGAAUUUAUAUUUUUUUAAAUGGUCAAAUAUACUCUCAAUUUUUUUAGAUGACAAAAAAUUUAAUAAUUUUUUUGUUUAUCAAAAGGAAAUAAGUUUUGCUGGAAGUUAAUCCUGUUUUCUUUAUAGAAUAGUGUGUCUAUUGGUCCGCAUUUGAUGCACCUAGCGCAGUAAUAUUGAAAUUAUUUAUGUAUGCCUGACCGUAAUCUUUCCAUAAUGAUCUUAAAAGUCAAAGCAUUUUUUUCUUCUUUGGUAUUAUAAAUACAGACAGUGGCUGUGGUAUCUUUACUUAUAUGAGGUAAAUGUGAUUAUUUGAGAGAAGAUUAGUGUGAAAGGUGAUGUAUGUUAAUUUAGGCAUGCACAUGUGCAAGGGACUGUGAAUUUUAUAAAUUAUUAUUGUUUUGUAAGAUGCAUGGAAGGUAGCGUGAAUGGUUAUGAAUGGAUGUAUUGAUGCGUGCGUGAUUAUCGCAGAUGUUUUAUAAACUUAGGCAUGUGUCAACGUAAUGUGAAAGUUGGUGUAAUGUAUAAGAUUCCGUCAACGUAAUCGAGUCGAAGGACGCCAUAUUGGUGACAGUUACUUUUUCUUCAUCACAUUCCAGUCUCCUCAAAAUCAAUAACAGAUAUUUUUAUUUUUACAUAGCUUGUAAUAUAAUUUUCCGAUACGUAUAGUUAUUACAUUUUGAUGUUACCCUAAAUUAUUAAUUGAGUUUAUGUUAAAGUAUAAUAGAAUCGAACUGUGAUGAAUAAAAAGUCUUGCCUUCUAUUCUCGGGGUCGCGUUAUUUGUACAUAUGUAAUUAAAAACUGUUUUCUGUUUAAUGUUUAUCUAAAUAACACGUUGAAUACCGGCCCAAAUUAAAAAUUAAAAACAACACGUAAAAUAUCAUCUUGCAACACUUAUCCCAUGAAAUAAUAUCCACAAUAUUGGGGAAGAGAUGAAUUAAUUUGCCCUAAAUAAUUUGAUUCGAUUUGAGCAUAUUCAACAAAUGUGUUCAAAAAGAGUGGCACAAAUUAUGCCAUUCUUUAAAAAAGUAAAAGCAUUUUAAGAAUCGUCAAGUUUUUAUUUCUUGUUGCAACCAAAAUAACGUUGAUAUAAAUUAAUUUCUUACGAUAAUUAUUACUCGUUUUCAUACAUACAAACACAUUACACAAUGGGAAGUUUGAUAUUUAACAGCAAUAAUUAUUUCUAAAUAUAUUUUUGAGUGUCUGCUAGUCUGUGAGCAUCACUGACAGGGAUGAUGUUUGCGCGAAUUAUGCAAGAUUUAAAUGAAAAGUGUAUUAAUUCAUAUAUAAUAAUUUUGUUACACCGCAUAAAAGGAUAUUUAUGUACAUAUUUUAAACUUUCAAGUUCUGGAAACAAUUGAUAUUGAUUAUCAGAAAUCCAAAAAUGUGUAAUAUGUACCACUAUUUUAAGUAUGAUAGGAGAAUGUGUGAGGACUAGUGCCAUGCCAUGAAAGGUUCUGAAUUAGAAUCAUAGGCAUCCAGUCGUUGUAUACCACCCACUUUUCCUGCG